CGUGCGAGCUGAAUACGAAUAUUCAACACUCUUAUUUCAGCUUUGGCGACUAUAAAACAUCUCAAACAUGUGACACAUGUACAUUAUUGAGCCCAAUAAAUGACAUUUCGCAGCAGAAUGUGGCUCAUGUGGCUUUUAAUUGACAGCUAAGAUAGAUUAGAAGGACGCUCUCCAGGGCUGGCUCAUCAGGCUUCCCUCCCACUUGGCACAAAUGCCCCCAGUGCAACAGUGGCGGCCACUAUUGUUCCAAGCGACAGAAUCCCUGCGAGGCACGUACAAGCCAUUGGAUGACGCCUGCAUCGCGCCUGGAAAGUUGAGUCAAAUCUGUACCAGGUUUAUUCUUCUUGACACCGCGUCCACUCUAACGUGGCAGCUACUUGAAUCAUCCACAUGCAUCUACUCAUGAAGGGAUCCUCUUGAUGCACAGUCGAGUAGUGUUGCGUCCUCUGCCGACCAUGCAGCCUUCAGGAGACGAGUCACGCCGCCCAACCUUGCAAGCGAAGCAGGGGUUGGGAAUAUCAAGCCGAAGCCUGCACCAGUAGCAUUUUCAUGUCCCCGACAGCUUUGACAGCUUGAUGAUAUCGCUUCGGCUUCUACGCAAUAAGAGUGCUCCAAGCUGUGAUAGCAUGUCUGCAAGCGUCCAGACGCCCAAAGAUGUUAGCUACUAGUCCUAUCGCAACCAUUUUGGACCACCCUUGGGAAGCUCACCGCAUGGUUUGACGGAAGCGGAAUGGCCCUACCGUCCCGUCACGCCACGAUGCAUUGUACAUACAGUAGGGGUGCAUUCAGCAAGCAGAUCCCAACAGCAUCCACCUUGCUAGGUGCAAUUCUCGACCCGUCCAUUACCCCGGAAUGGCGCAGAAUCACAGAUGAGAGACGCACCAUGUACGGAACUAUCCCAGAUGGGCAUGCACCGGAGCAAGGCCUACAUAGACGCGCUUACAGGAUAUAAGACGCCUUUCCAUUCCCGAUCCAACAAUCCAGGUGAAGGGUAUUUGGUACCUGAUGGACUUGGAGAAUGCCAACCCCGUCUAUCUUGACAUUCAUCCGUUCCAUGAUAGAUCAUUCGACUCUUGAAAUUAGGCCUGGUAUGUCGAAGAUAUAGCAGAUGAAUGGCUGUUAUAAGUACAUCAAACGUGCCACGGAAGAUCUUGGCCUAGAAGACCUGGAAUACUCUUCAACGACGCAAUAUCGCUCAACCCGCCCCAUUUGGGUUCCAAUUCAGUCACUGCGGUACCAAAUCCUGCUGGCGCUACGCCGUCGGUCAGGACGAGAAAGCGCUGGCGAACCACGAAUGCUACAAGGACAGGAUGAGGAUACCGAGCAUCGUCUCACCGACGUCGUUAGAGGAACGAUCCCAUCUACACAAUCCCAUCCGUGCUCCUCGAGAGCCUCAAUGUGGAAUCUAUCACAAAGAUCCUGCAAUGUCACAGCUCUCGUUACAGACCGACCCAUACCAGACUUGCCCAGAAACGACCAUGUCAUAUGCCGAGAAGUAUUUCGCCCAUGUUGAUACCCCUGCAUUAUCGGUGUUGCCGAAAGAGACUUUCCUCGAAUGGAUGACACUAGACCAGCUCAAGAGACCUCGAGAUAACAUGGUGCUGUAUGCAAUUCUCGCUGUGGGAUCAGUCUUCGCCACCGGUUCUGCGGCAGCUGCGGAUCGGUCCGACUUCUCUAAUGUCAUUUCAUCUGAUACAGAAGCCCUCGACGGCUCUACGUUGCACUUUAUGCUGGUCAAACUGAUUCUCGCCAGCCUUCAACAUCUGCAAGGGGAUUACGACGAAGCAUCCGAACUAUACAUUUCCGUAUACAAGAUCGGUCAAAAGGAAUUUUUGGGGGGAUCCUCUGACCAAUACCAUGCCACACCUCCGUCAGCAUUUGGACUCGACCGAGGGAGAAUGAUAGAGUGUGCAAAGCGGGCUACAUGGCUCGCGGACAUCAUGUCAUGCCUGAGCUCGUGUCGAUCCCCAUACGUCCAGAAGAGGUCAAUGUGGGAAUUCCAAUACGCCCACCACUGGAACGUGCCUGUGACGUUGGACAGCAACACGAUGUCGUGGCCGGAUCUCAGUCGCAUCGCCACGGCAUUGAGAGAAGUAGCUGCCAUGGCGGGCACUCCACUGGCCCUCAGACAACACCGCACCCAAGUCGACUUCGACGCCACCAAGGCCCGCCUCGAUGCCUGUAGAGCCAUCUUUCGAGGCGAGCGUGGAGACCAAGCCGCCGGAUACGAAAUGCUCGCAGUCCAACAACUUGACAUCCUGUACUUCUUUGCCAUGGUUCUACUUUACCGACGAGCCUAUCCUCCGGGGUCUGAGCCCGAAGCCCUGGCCCACUACGCCGGCCAAACAUUCGUGUACGCUUGCAAGAUACUCGACGUCGCCCAGCAAUUGAGCAACUCCCAAAAUGAAAACGCCCCGGAAUUCACCAUGCUGAGUCCGUUCAUAGGUCUCGCAAUCUUCGAGGCCAUCGACGUCGUCACCGCCAGGGGAACAAUGUACGAUUUGCAGAGGGAGGCGAGCCGCGUCAUGUCCAUCAUGUCGACGGGCUUCGAAACCUUGGAGAAACUGUCCAGGUUUUCGCGCAGUGCCUGCGAGCAGCGUGACCUGGCUAAGCAGAGGAUGGUGGCUCUCCUGCGCGUGACCAUGAUCAAGCAGGAUGGGAACAAUGGCGGCUUCUACUUUUCAAAGUCCAUGCAGGUGUCCAGUAGCGAAUGGGAGCAGGAUGUCAUGUACUGUUGUCCCCUGAUGGAGUACUUCGAGGAGAUGAACUGGAGUUCUCUGAUCCAAUUGGACGGCGACUUUUUCUGUCUCGACGCAGAUGAGCAUGAUGAUCAGAUGAUGAAUGUGUCGCCUGGUUGGAGAAUGUGAAAAAUGGUUCUGGAGAAAGAAGACAUCAGGUAUAAUGAAAACGAGGCGUUGUCGUAGGCACUAAAAAGAAUGGAGCGAAAUGUCUGGCUUUUGGUUCAGGAUUAAUCACAUAUUGCACAUCGAAAGUUUUGAUAGUUGGUUCUUUUAUAAAUAACUACACUUGGUUCUCUG